AUGGCCAACCGUCUAGGUCCAGUGCUGGUCCAAGAGAAAGCUUUCUACAGGGUGGAUCUUGAGUAUCUGCUGAGGACUCUGCGGGCGUUUGGGUUCAGACCGCACUUUUUGGCCCGGAUCCGGCUUUUAUACGCCGCCUGCGGAGUGCCUCGUCAAAAUCAUGUGCUGAGUGUGGGCGAUGAACCUCGCCAGGUACUGCUGCGAGUUUAUGGCGCCAUCUGCAGUGCUACAUCCAGAAGACGCCUGUUUCAAGAUGUUACACCAAAAAAGGAGGGUGUGGAUUCUCUGGUACUGGAGAGCGUGAUGUUUGCUGUAUUGGCAGAACGUGCCUUGGGACCAAGAUUAUAUGGAGUGUUUCCGCGGGGACGUUUGGAGCAAUACAUUCCAAGCCGUCGACUGCUGACUGAAGAGUUGGGACUUCCAGAUAUUUCAGCAGAGAUAGCAGUAAAAAUGUCUCGAUUCCAUGGAAUGGUCAUGCCCUUCAACAAAGAACCAAAGUGGCUGUUUGAGACUAUGGACAGGUAUCUCAAGCAGAUAAUGGGAUUGACAUUCGUCAGAGAGGCACAUGUGAAAAAGUUUAAUAAACUGAAGACUUUCAACCUGCCAGGAGAGUUGGCGAGUUUAAAGUCGCUUCUUGAAGCCACAUGGUCACCUGUGGUUUUUUGUCAUAAUGAUGUACAGGAAGGUAAUAUUCUCUAUUUGGCGGACAAAGACGCAACAUCCACAGAUAAAUUGAUGCUGAUUGAUUUUGAGUACAGCAGCUACAACUACAGGGGCUUUGACAUUGGAAAUCACUUCUGUGAAUGGAUGUAUGACUACACUUAUGAUCAGUGGCCUUUCUUCAAAGCUAAUAUGGAGAAUUAUCCCAACCGACAGCAGCAGCUUCACUUCAUCAGACAUUACCUUUCUGAAUAUUCGGGGAAUAAAGGGGACUCGGUGCAUGAUGAUCAGUUGAAAAUUGAAGAAGAGAUGAUCAUUGAGAUCAACAGGUAUGCCCUAGCCUCUCACUACCUGUGGGCACUCUGGGCUAUUAUACAAGCAAAGCUUUCCACAAUUGAGUUCGGUUACAUGGAUUAUGCCCUGUAUAGACUGGAAGCCUACUUUGAUCAGAAGAGAAUACUUGGUUGACUUGCUGUACAGUGCUAGCACUGCUUGGAAUUUAGCACGUUUCUGUUAUUAAUUAUUU